GAAAAAAAAAGGAAAAAAAGUUUGCAUCUUCUCCAGAAAAUAAUCUGGAAGCAAACCACAAGUUCUUUGCGUCUCUGCUUACAUUCCUCCCGAUUUUUCUGCUCUUAAAUCAAGGACGAGAAAGCUUUCCUCUUCACGCUAUAAACACAUCUCUCCCCAAAAUUCUCCAGUUUAGUGUGUUGAAUCUGGAUUUCGUGAGAUAUAAAGUGGAGUGACAAGUGUUUGUGAAAUUGAGAUGAGUGAACACAUAUAUGUCGAUGGAUUGAUGCGGCCGGUUCCGUUACCUCCGGUUCCGGUUAUCCCGGAGGUUGAAUCAGAGACGCCUGAGCCGUAUGGCCUAACGGCGGUGGCGGAGGAUAGUGCAAUUGAUAUCUACGACGGAGAUUCUACAACUACGGAGGAAGAUUCACUGAUUUGCUCGGCGGAGUGCCGGAUUUGUCAAGAGGAAUCGGCUAUUAAGAAUCUCGAGAGCCCAUGUGCUUGCAAUGGCAGCCUAAAGUAUGCUCACAGAAAAUGUGUUCAACAUUGGUGUAAUGAAAAGGGAAACACAUUAUGCGAGAUUUGUCAUCAGCCAUACCAAGCUGGAUAUACCUCCCCACCACCUCGGCUCCAAUCUGAAGAAACUACAAUUGACAUUGGUGGAGGAUGGACGAUCUCAGGUUUGGAUUUACAUGAUCCACGGCUCCUUGCAAUCGCAGAAGCUGAACGUCAGAUUUUAGAGUCCGAGUAUGAUGAUUACACAGCUUCAGAUACCAGUCUAGUUGCAUUUUUCCGCAUUUCUGCUCUAAUAUUGUUGACUCUUCUAUUGCGAUACGCACUGACUAUACCAGAUUAUGCAGAUGAUGAUGAUGAGGACCCUUCUUCAAUAUUUUCUCUUUUCUUACUCCGAGCUGCCAGUUUUCUUCUUCCUUGCUACAUCAUGGCAUCAGCCAUUAGUAUGUUACAUCGGCGAAGACAAAGACAGGAAGCAGCGGCUUUGGCCACCCGGUUUGCGUUGGUGCUCAGCUCACAUCAACCUAGAGCUGUGAUUAAUUAUUUGUCGAUGGAGCCGUGAGUUUUUACACAAAAAGUUCAGGAACAUGCUUUUCAUUGAUUUCAUCAUAAAAAAGAUAUGGUGAAAGCUAUAACAAAGGGGAGUCCUAACUUAGAGUAGAGUUUUUUUUUUUUUAAGUAAAAGAAUCUAAGAAAGAUUCUGUGUAUGUAGAGUUUAAUUUCUCUGACUUUGUGCAUUGCAUAAACUGAAAGAUGUGAUUUUUUUUUGUAAUGUAGCAUUGAGUUUUUCAAUAACAUUACAAGCAUUUCACUUUAUACGGGAAAGACGC